AUGGGUUGGAACUUAAUCUUGUUGAUUCUCACCUUGUAUUCCUGCUCAUUUGUCAAUGGCUCAGACAGCUUUGGUAAUGAUUCCUUGGAUGCUUCUCUUCAAGAAUUUGCUUUCAAAACACUGGUUCGACACCGGCCUCUGACGGGUGCUCUAUACAAAGCUGUCCUUCCUACUAAUCUUUCAAGCACUGAAGUUUCAAUUGUCCGGGUCAGAAGCAACACAUUGUGGAACAAGGGAGCUAAUUUUAGCAUCAUUCACAUUCCAUCGAGAACUAUGUCCGUGCCUCAUGUAAAGAGACUUGCUAUAGUCUAUCAAAACCUAGGCAAUUUGUCUUCUCACUACUAUGGCAUGCCAGGUUACUCACUGAUCACUCCUGUUGUUGGCUUCAUGGUUUUUGAUGCGUCAAAUGUUAGUGAUAAAAGCGUCAGAAAGCUCAAUCUCAGCACAAUGGGCAAGCCGAUAUUGAUUAAUUUUUCCAGUUUGACACCCUCCGGCGACAUGAUCUCUAAGAGAAGAUGCAUAGCUUUUAACGGUAAUGGGACAGUUAAUCUUAGUGAAAUGAAAUUGUCAGGUUUUUGUCACUUUAGAGAUCAAGGUCAUUUUUCAGUUGGUGUCCCAUUAGAGAGUAAGCAGAGUAGGUGGUAUCUCUGGGUGGUUGGUUUUGUGCUUGGAAUUCCUGGGAUUGUAUUGAUGGGUUAUGCCGGGAUGGUUUCUGCGAGGAUUUUGAAGACGAAGAAGAUUCAAGUAAUGGAAAGACAAGCUGAUGAAGAUCUGAUUCUUGAAAGCAGAUGGGUUGGUAGUAGUAAGAUGCCUUCAGCAGCUGUAACUAGAACUCAGCCAGUCCUUGAGAAUGAAGGUUUUCUAUAG